AUGAGGAACUCUUCUGAUUAUGAAAGAGGCCAUGAGAGUCAUCCGCCUCACGUCCAAUCCAAAAUUAUGGUCAAUAAGAGCAAGGAGACCAAUCAAAGUUCUCCUGUUCGCGGUGAAACUGAACCCGUAUCAUUGCCCUUUGUCGCAUCACGACACACAUCGCCCGCUCCACCUAGCAGCUCACUCCCGUUUCCGCCGGUACUGGAAACACUGGGUACAGCGAUGGAGCAAGUGUCUGCCUUGACUGUGUGGUCGGAGCGUGUUAUCAUCCCAAUUUGUGAUAAUUACGUGGGUCACCCGCCGGCCGAUAUCAAGAGGCGUGAUUUCGAACAUAACAAGCUGAGGGAGGCGAUCGUUGCAGUGUUGGGCAAAGCGGAUGGAAUUGAUCCAGGCGGCGAUGUGACUGCACGCAAUGCCCGCAAGUCCCUCAUCAAACAAUUGGAACAUGCUUUAAUUCGGGUGGAUGAGGCCGCAAUAGUAUAG